AUGGCGGGUGCGGAGGCCGCGGCGGUGGUAGAUUGGCACACGCGCGCGCAGAACCCGCGCAACCCCGUGGUGUUCUUUGACGUCACGAUCGGGGGUAUCGCGGCGGGGCGCGUCAAGAUGGAGCUAUUCGCUGACAUCGCGCCCCGCACCGCUGAGAACUUCCGACAGCUAUGCACGGGCGAGAUGAGGAAGAACAACAUACCGCAGGGCUACAAAGGGUCAGUGUUCCACAGAGUCAUUAAGGACUUUAUGAUCCAAGGAGGGGACUUCCUCAAGGGGGACGGCACGGGGUGCAUCAGCAUAUACGGCUCCAAGUUUGACGACGAGCCCUUUAUUGCCAAGCACACCGGCCCAGGACUGCUCUCUGCUGCAAACAUUUCUCGUUCUGCAUCUCCCUUUGCAUGCACGAAGGAGCAGUAG